AACUUUUAUAGGUUCUAUUCCACCUGUAUUUCAGGUUGGACAGGGCCAUCGAAGGGAGAAGCUGGGGAUUUUUUCCUUGGGUCUUGAGAAAACUUAGUGGCCUUUUGUGGUUUCAUUUUUUAAAGAAAUGGUAAUUAUAUCGGGUAAUAUUAUCAAAAUUUAUUUAUUUAGAAGGCAGAUGAAAACAGAUAAAUUCUCUGUCUGUACUUAGAAUUAUUUUAUUCACAGUGUAGUAAAGAUUUUAUUUAUCAAAUACUCAAAGGAAAUGUAUAGAAUUCUACUAUGUUUUCUUUAUUUACUACUAAAAAAAUGUAAAAAUAGUCUCCUAAUACAUUUUAGAUUAAAUUUAGAAUUACAGGAUGUAUUAUUAUUCAUUUGUUUUCUUAUAAUGAAUAAUUUUCUAUAAAUUUAGUCUAAUUAUUUGAUGACUGACUUUAUCCUAGAGUUGGAAAAAUAGUGUUUAUUAUACAAAACCUUAGUUUUUUAUAUUUUAAAUGAUUUUCCUCGUGUCGAAUAUAAAAUUAUUUAUUACAAAAAUUAAAAUAAAUAUUUAUGUUUUUUUCAAUGUUUAUGGGCUACAUUUAAAAAAAAAAAAUUACAGAUCUAUAAAUUCCCUCCAUCUGUCUGUUUGUCCUUCCUUACUCUUGAGAAUGGAGUUAGACAGAUGAAAGACAAGAACACAGUCGGAAAGCUUAGGGCACACGUCCUUGUUGUAUACUGAACAAUUUUUGUAAUGUUUAAAACUUGUAAAAUAUUUGAUUUAGACAGUUUAGUCCUUAUGAUGGUUAACUGGCUUUUGGGACAAUUUUUUUUUUAUUUCAGAAAUAUUUAGACAUGUUUUGACUAAAUACAGUUUCAUUGACAAAUGCAAUUACUGUACAGAGAAAACUACAAUUGUAUUAAUAUAUUAGUUAAAAAGAAAACUUCUCAAAUGUAAAUUGAAUCCAAGCUGUUUUUGUUUUAGUGGUAUACAAUAGAAACUUUUAAAAAACUCUACAGAUUUUAGGGUGUACGCCCUUCAUCAGGAGUUAAUAAAACAAAUAAGGUCACAAAAUACUAGGCACUACUAACCACUUCCUUGAGACUGGUCUAACAUCAUUUCUCCCAUUAAUCACCAACUACAGGUGUACGGCUCAAAUGAUCGAUUCUUAUUCGAGAAAUCAAAAAAUGAAAAGCAGGAAAGCCAACUUUUCAUAUGGAAUUUCAUAUAAACCCAGUAAAUCAUAAAAGCACUUAUUUUUUAUUAAUUCAUAAAAUAUUAUUAUAAUUACAUGUCAAGUUAUGUUCGAAAGAGAUAAUAAUUUCUUUUUUGCAAAACUCUGUUCCGACGCGGUAACAUACGAUGAUGUAUAUCUGACUCUGUGUGAUAAAAAAGCUUCGUCCGAUAAACUGUUCGAUGCGAUAUUCAAAAAUUGUCGAAACGAAGUCGAAAACUUUUGUAAUCUCGAUACGUCCGCAUUGGAAAAUUUCGAGGAUUCAAUCGAAGAUAGAGACAAGUCGAGAAGGAAGUUGAGGGACUGCCUGCAAAAACUCUCCCAGAAGACUUACGAUACACAAUAUUUCAAGAAAUUAUUCAAGAAAAUUAAUUACGACAAAGUGCAUCAUGUUGCAUCGGAGAGUUCCUUUGAGUUGAUUGAUUGCUUGAUUGUCGAGGCUCUAAUGUUCCCUUCAUUGAUUUGGUUAAGCUGUUUCAAAUAUUCUCAAGGCGACAGACCUCCUCACUUGCAUCCGGGGACCACCGGACAUUCGAGAUCUCCGGAGAAAGGCGUCAGGGGGACCAGACACGCGGAAAGGAUGAGAGAAGGAAGGGUUCGUAUUUCGUAAACUGAAGUUUUUAAUUUUUUCGCUUCCCAAAUAGUCACUUUAAUAAGUUUGUUUUGUAAUUACUAUCUUUGCAUCUGUUAUUAGCCGAAACUCCGUAACCUCGACAAAAAUAGCAAGGACAAAUAAAACUUAGAUGAGCUUAUUAAGCAAACUUAAAUAGAUGCCUUUAUA